CUCUAACUAUUUGGGAACCAGGCCGUCUUGGCGGCUGCAGCCCUGGUGUCCCACCUCCGCGCAGCAGGUCGGGCGCCGCGGCCCCGGGAGCCUCGCGGAGAUGAGGAGCAGAAGCAAUUCCGGGGUUCGCUUGGACGGAUACGCGCGGCUGGUGCAGCAGACCAUUCUGUGCUAUCAGAAUCCCGUCACAGGGCUGCUCUCUGCCAGUCAUGAGCAGAAGGAUGCCUGGGUGCGGGAUAACAUCUACAGCAUCCUGGCCGUGUGGGGUCUGGGCAUGGCCUACCGCAAGAAUGCCGACCGUGAUGAGGACAAGGCCAAGGCGUACGAGUUGGAGCAGAACGUGGUGAAACUGAUGCGGGGUCUUCUCCAGUGCAUGAUGAGACAGGUGGAUAAAGUGGAGAAGUUCAAGCACACUCAGAGUACCAAGGACAGCUUGCACGCCAAGUACAACACCGCCACCUGCAGCACCGUGGUGGGCGACGACCAGUGGGGCCACCUCCAGGUGGAUGCCACCUCCCUCUUCCUCCUGUUCCUGGCCCAGAUGACUGCCUCUGGUUUACGUAUUAUUUUCACCCUCGAUGAGGUGGCCUUUGUACAGAAUCUUGUUUUUUACAUAGAAGCUGCAUAUAAAGUUGCUGAUUAUGGAAUGUGGGAACGUGGAGAUAAGACUAAUCAAGGCAUUCCAGAAUUGAAUGCAAGCUCUGUAGGAAUGGCCAAGGCAGCUCUUGAGGCAAUUGAUGAACUGGACCUUUUUGGAGCUCAUGGAGGACGCAAGUCAGUGAUCCACGUCUUGCCCGAUGACGUCGAACACUGCCAGUCUAUUCUGUUCUCCAUGCUGCCAAGAGCAUCGACUUCUAAAGAGAUUGAUGCUGGACUUCUUUCCAUUAUUUCUUUCCCGGCCUUUGCAGUGGAAGAUGUGAACCUUGUGAAUGUGACCAAAAAUGAAAUUAUUUCCAAGCUCCAGGGGCGUUAUGGAUGCUGUCGCUUCCUCCGGGAUGGUUAUAAAACUCCAAGAGAGGACCCAAACCGAUUGCAUUAUGACCCUGCUGAACUCAAGCUCUUUGAAAACAUUGAAUGUGAAUGGCCUGUGUUCUGGACGUAUUUCAUAAUAGAUGGGGUCUUCAAUGGUGAUGCUGUUCAGGUCCAAGAAUACCGGGAGGCCCUGGAGGGAAUAUUAAUCAGAGGCAAGAACGGGAUCCACCUGGUGCCAGAACUCUACGCCAUCCCACCUAACAAGGUAGAUGAAGAGUAUAAGAACCCUCACACGGUGGACAGAGUUCCUCAGGGGAAGCUGCCCCAUCUGUGGGGUCAGUCCUUGUACAUCCUUAGCUCACUGUUGGCAGAGGGAUUCCUUGCCACUGGUGAAAUUGAUCCCUUAAAUAGAAGAUUUUCCACUUCUGUCAAACCUGAUGUCGUAGUACAAGUUACCGUUCUGGCAGAGAACAACCACAUUAAGGAGUUGUUGAGGAAUCAUGGGGUAAACGUCCAGACUAUUGCUGACGUUCGUCCAAUCCGAGUCCAGCCAGGGCGGAUUCUUAGUCACAUAUACGCCAAGCUCGGACGGAAUAAGAAUAUGAAAUUGAGUGGGCGCCCAUAUCGGCACAUUGGCGUCCUUGGAACAUCUAAACUAUACGUGAUUAGGAACCAAAUCUUUACUUUCACACCCCAGUUCACUGACCAGCAUCACUUCUACCUGGCCCUGGACAACGAGAUGAUCGUGGAGAUGCUGAGGAUCGAGCUGGCCUACCUGUGCACUUGCUGGCGGAUGACGGGCAGACCCACGCUCACCUUCCCUAUCACCCACACCAUGCUCACAAAUGAUGGGUCAGAUAUUCACCCUGCAGUUCUUUCUACAAUUAGAAAACUAGAGGAUGGAUAUUUUGGAGGAGCUAGAGUAAAAUUGGGGAGCCUUUCAGAAUUUCUCACCACAUCUUUCUACACGUAUCUGACCUUCCUGGAUCCGGACUGUGAAGAGAAGUUGUUUGAUGAUACCAGUGAAGGGAACUUCAGUCCUGAUAGUGAUUCCGAUUUGGGGGGAUAUUUGGAAGACGCCUAUAAUCAAGUCACAGAAAGCCAGGACGAACUUGACCAGUAUAUCACCCACCUCCUGCAAAGCACAUCAUUGAAGUGCUAUCUGCCUCCUCUUUGUAAGAGAACCGAAGACAGCCACGUUUUCAGUGCCAUCCACUCCACUUGGGAUAUUCUUUCUGUGAUGGCAAAAGCAAAGGGUUUGGAAAUUCCAUUUGUUCCUAUGACUUUGCCCACUAAAGUUCUAAGUGCCCACCGGAAAUCACUGAAUCUUGUUGAUUCUCCUCAGCCACUCCUAAAAAAGGCCCCCGAAGAUGACUCCCAGUGGCCCAGAGAUGACCGUGGUGAUGUGGACUGUGAGAAGCUGGUUAAGCAGCUGAAAGAUUGUUCGAACCUACAGGACCAAGCAGACAUUCUAUACAUUCUGUAUGUAAUAAAGGGCCCCAGCUGGGACACAAAUCUCUCCGGACAGCACGGGGUCACCGUUCACAACCUCCUUAGUGAGCUCUAUGGGAAAGCUGGCCUGAACCAGGAGUGGGGUUUGGUUCGCUAUAUCUCUGGUCUGCUCAGGAAGAAAGUGGAGGUCCUGGCCGAGGCCUGCACGGACCUGCUGUCACACCAGAAGCAGCUCACAGUGGGCCUGCCACCAGAGCCCCGGGAGAAGAUCAUCUCUGCGCCCCUUCCCCCCGAGGAGCUCACAAAACUUAUCUACGAAGCCAGUGGGCAGGACAUCAGCAUCGCCGUCCUCACACAGGAGAUUGUGGUUUACCUGGCGAUGUACGUCAGGGCGCAGCCCAGCCUCUUCGUGGAGAUGCUCAGACUCCGGAUUGGACUGAUCAUUCAAGUGAUGGCCACCGAGCUGGCACGGAGCCUGAACUGUUCAGGAGAAGAAGCUUCUGAAAGUUUGAUGAACCUCAGCCCAUUCGAUAUGAAAAGUCUCUUGCACCAUAUUCUAAGUGGAAAGGAGUUUGGAGUUGAAAGAAGUGUGCGACCGAUCCAUUCCUCCGCAUCCAGCCCCGCCAUCUCAAUCCACGAGGUGGGCCAUACUGGAGUCACCAAAACCGAGAGGAGUGGCAUUAACAGGCUGAGGAGUGAGAUGAAACAGAUGACUAGGCGAUUUAGUGCUGACGAACAGCUCUUUUCUGUGAGCCAGGCUGUGUCCAGCAGCGCGCAUUCCUCCAAGUCUGCAAGGUCCAGCACCCCGUCCUCGCCCACUGGCACGUCAUCGUCAGACUCAGGCGGGCAUCACAUUGGCUGGGGGGAGCGGCAAGGCCAGUGGCUGCGCAGGAGAAGGCUGGACGGGGCCAUCAACAGGGUCCCUGUGGGAUUCUACCAGAAGGUGUGGAAGAUCCUUCAGAAGUGCCAUGGUCUGUCCAUCGAUGGUUAUGUGCUCCCAUCCUCAACGACACGAGAGAUGACCCAGGAGGAGAUCAAGUUCGCUGUCCAUGUUGAGUCGGUGCUGAACCGCGUGCCCCAGCCCGAGUACCGGCAGCUGCUGGUGGAGGCCAUCAUGGUGCUCACACUGCUCUCAGACACGGAGAUGAACAACAUCGGGGGCAUCAUCCAUGUGGACCAGAUCGUGCAGAUGGCAAACCAGCUGUUCCUGCAGGACCAGAUGUCAAUUGGAGCCAUGGACACCCUGGAGAAAGACCAAGCCACGGGCAUUUGCCACUUCUUUUACGACAGUGCUCCGAGUGGGGCUUAUGGGACAAUGACCUACCUGACAAAGGCAGUGGCUUCUCAUUUGCAGGAACUGCUGCCCAAUUCAGGCUGCCAGAUGCAAUAGUGCCUCAGCACUCUGAGUCUGUCACUUGCCCCCUAGCCUCACUGGGAACUUCCGUCUGUUACCCAAGAUCCCCUGUGCUGUUGCAAAAGCAUGUCCCAUCAGAAUUACUGGCAGGGAGGAGAUGGCAGUGACUGACCUGAGACCAGUGCAUGUCCAAGCCACAGAAAGAGCCGAUGACUCCUGUAUUCCCCCAAGGAGCACCGUGGGAUCACUGUCUAGGCCGAUUUUGCUGGAACAUUUGUCACAGCAGCUGGGCUCCUAGAGUCUGAGGAGGAAUUGGAAAUCGGUCUCGAGUGCAGAGCGAACUGAGAAGCCAGCUUAAAUUGGCUCUCGCAGAGUUACUGAAAUAGUUGGAUGAGCUAGUGACACAUCUUAAAGACGGAAAGAUCCUUCCAGCAGCAGUAGCUAGAUGAGCGGACCUUGACAAGGGCACCAUCUUAACAGGAUUCAGUCUGUGGACCAAACUGUUUACCAAAUAGAACAAUACUCUUUCUAUGGAAUUCUGGUUUUCUUGUGCUUUGCUUUCUUUCUUGGCCUCUUGUUUCAUUGGCAUGGCUAUCUUCACGUGACAUAAUUCUCUCAGCAAGAUUAAGAAAAUUGCUCCCAGUUAACUUUGGCUUAUGGUCUUCAAGGAUUUUAUCCUGGCCACCAAUGAAUUAAGGGUUUCUCCUACUAUAUGAAAAAUCCCAUUUUCCAGAGUCUAGCCAAAAAAAAAAAGGCAGGGCGUAGCCAACUCUUACAGCUGGGCAAACCGUUGUUUUGGGGCUAGAGCAGGCAGGAAGUCCCUCUGGAAGGCCUGUGCCCCACCUCCCAUGGGCUGAUCACCCUGGCAGGUGACGGUACUUUCCCCCUGUGCUCCAGGGCAGCUGCACGAUGACCACGCAGCCCAAGAUGCCAUGGCAAUUAGUGGUGUGCUCUGGCAGAAACAGCACUUCCCUCUUACGAUGGAGCCAGGCUGAGGACUCGAGCCUCCUCGUGGAAGCACCUGAACUUAGCACUCUAAGGUGUGUGUGGAGUAGGUAGGUGUGGUUGGAAGCCUUGGAUGUCGAGGAGCAAGGACAAAUCCUGACAGGGCAGGGCCUUGCCAAUCUUUUGCCGAUGUCCUGGUGGAUGGAUUUCCCUCUAGGAGAUGUCUUACCUUGGGCGGGCGGCAGGGCAGGGUGAACAACAGGGAAACAGUUUCUGUGAAUAGUGGACCUGGAAGGACUGUCACCUGGUGGCCAAAUGGUGAGCUCUAGCUGGUUGAGUGAUGGGUUAGAUUGGCGAUGACUCUGCCUCUGAAACAGGAACGUGGCCAUUGGAUCUUUGCUUGGAAGUUUAUGCGAAGGUGAAGAAAGCUGAUGCUCUAGCCGCUUUAAGGGGACAUUGCGGUGCUUGCCACCCCUCAGAGUCAAGAUGCAGUACUGACAGUUGUUCUGGAAGCAGACGGAAGGAAGGGUGGCCUCACGUUCUGACGCUGCCUGCUAAAGAGCCUCUCUUCAGUCCAAGCCAAAUACUUUGUAGUCGCCCCGGGAGAGGCGGUCUAGAACACGGUCUCAGUGCACUCACGGGCUCGGCGGCGUACAGGCACCGCUCACCUGGGACUUCAGUGCCUUUGUUUUGUCUCUUCGAAACCACAAAACUUUCCUCGCUGAAGUAGUCGUUACAUAAGUGCAGAGGCCCGAAUCACUAGAUUUCUGCUCCGGUGGACUUCCGCAGUCCCUCGCUCCUCUUUCCCCCACUUCCUAUCCAUGUCAGCGUGUAAAACCUUUCUCCUUGGAUCUCUAGAUCCUCCCUCCCUUCAUUCGUCAGCACGUGUUGAAUGCUUUCUGUGUGCAGUUAGAGGAACAUAAAGAUAAAUGAGACAUGACUCAGUGCCCAAGGACCUCGCACUACUGAGGAAGCCCAAUGUGGAAAGGUGGCCGUGCUUUAGUGGGGCAGGGACAGUGUUGAGACACGGACGUGGCGCAGGGCCGGCAAGGUGGGGCCUGCCCAGAACACUGGCAUUUGCGGGACAGAUCCCAGAGACAGCGUGGGCAGCCUGGCCUGCAGCUCUGGCCCAUGCGGCACCAUGCCUCACCCCCCGGAUCCUGCAGUGCCCUGGAGCCUUCCUGUUGGUGCCCCGUCUUCCCUGGGAAGCCUGUUUGCUCCCAUUUGCCUCUGAGGGUCCAGGAGGGUCAACAGUCACCCAGAUUCCUAGUAGCAUUUUCAUAGCCUUUAUUUUUGGUGUCUUUAAGACACGCUUGACAUAAGCAAGGCUCAUGUAAUUCAUGUAAGAAAGGUACACGCUGUGCAAGUCCCAGCUGCUCCUUGGGAGAAGACUCGGGAAGAGCUACAGUCCUCCAGAAUGAGCCAGGAGUUAAUUUAGAACAUCACCUGCCUGUGGAUGACGUGCAAAGCCACAGACGCCAUGUUUGGGCUCACCGACCAAGAUGCAGGCUGGGAGAAGAGCCAUAAUAAGCAAUUCAGAUGAGCCUUCGAUUCACUCCUGAAGCCUCUUUCAAAUGAAAUCCUGAAAUAGUACCGCAUUUCCACAGGCAUCAAGCUGUCAGCUUUGAAGAAGGAGAACAGGCUUCUGAGGCUUAAUCCCUUUGACGAGCAGCUGAGGCCCACGCCAGGAAGAGCAGCAGGUGUCUCGGCGGGUGGUAGAGGUCCCGUCCUGCCACCGUUCUGGCCUCAGCAGACUGGGCUUCCACGGCAGGAGACCGCCGCCUGGCAGCCCCUACAGCUUCAGGUCUGGGCUGGCUGGUUCUCCACCCCACUGCUCUUUCCUAACUCCCUCCUCUAGCAGAGAGGCCACUUUUGACCUUUGCUAGGGCUGGGGGGUAGCUGUUCUGUCUCAGAGCCAGAAACAAACAUUUCUUUUAACAUCCUCAGUUGAAAGGCAGCCAGCCACCCUACCUGCUGCUCGCCCUGGCUUUGACCCGGGUAAAUCCAGCAGCAAGGAGGAAGGCUCUGUCUCUGAGUCAGACAGACUCACCAACACCAGCAGCUCUGUGACCUGGGGUGAGUUACUCAGCCUCUCUGUGCCUCUGUAAAUUUGCCCAUCUGUAAGUGUGCAGGAGGCCCACACCCAGGCACAGCAGUGAGCACCAGGGAGUCAGGAACCCUCCCAACUCCCCCGCCUCUGGCAGUCGGGGGGCCAGGGGCUUCCUGUUCCCCGAAGCCAGGUAUGCCCAGUGGCAACCCCGGGCUGGUGGGGGGAGGAGGACGCUCUUCCUAUCACACAGGGUCUCCUGGGUGGGCGUCUGUCAGGAGGCCAGUUAGAGCUUCCGCACCUCUGCUGAGGCCAAGGGACUGGAAGGAGAGAUUGUCAGGCGUUAGCUGCCUGGAUAGGGAGGAUGUAAAUGCUCCCCAUGUAAAAAUAGCAAAAGAAAAGAGACCAGACGAUCAGGAGGCAAGAGAAACAGUUCGUCAGUUGAUUGAUGCCAUUUAUUUCUGGACAAGACGACAGGAGGCCUGGCCUCCCUGGCUGUCAGUUACAGCAGAACCAUCGUUCAGUUCCAUUGACUGGGGCACAAGUCUGGCAAACAGCUUUUGUCUUCUCUGCUUCCUUGCUGUCAGAGGGAACAAAAGCUCCCCACCCCUCCUUUGAUGCCCUUAUCUUUCAAGGCGACUCUUCUGCUUUUGAAGUUGCUGCCAUCUGUUCUGUGUGUCUCUGUACUUUGCAUGGUCCCAGAAUGCCUUCUGCUCUCUCAGACUUGGCCACUGAUAGCUCUGCCUGUGAGGGGAAGUAAAGCUGCGUUGUCACCAUCUUAGACCCCUUUGUCCCCCUCAGAAAGCCAUUUAGGAAAAGUCAUGUCCUUGAGUUACCAAGAGAGUUCUCUGAGGAGUGAGAAGGCCUGACACUGCAGGCGGGACUCUUCGAGUCAGAUGCGUCCCGAGCAUUUGCCUGAUGGUUUGGGAGAGGGACAAAUUCCAUCAGCAAACAACCAUGUGUGUGUUUUUAAGGAACAUAUGUGCAAUUUUGGCAAAAAUGCCUUCUGAGGACUGGAACCAUCGAAACCAAUGAACUCUGAAGUCAUGUGUUCAUCCCUCUGCUUUAUUGCAGUAUGUCACCUAUUCUGAAAGAUGAAUUGCUCAGAAAGCAUUUAUCGUGGGCCUACUCUGGGCCAGGCAUUGCUUGGCAUACAGAAAUAUGGACUAGUCUGGUGGGGAUGAAAAAAUGUGUCUCCUGUUUGUGAAAACCUCUAAGGAAGAAGAUUCUCCAGCCCCCUGUGAAGUGUUCCCAGCUCUGGUCUUCCAGGACAGCCAUGCCUCAAACCUAAAUCUGAGCAGCUUCGGCUGUCUCGGUGGGGUUGCUGCCAGAUGCCUUCACCGGCAGCUGAUGCAGCUGAGGUGCCAGGCUUUCCAAAGGGCACGGUUUUGCGUUGUCCAUGUGGGACCAAGCUGCAUUGGCAUUGGGCACUGGGCAGUGGUUGUGCCUGCCUUGUCCCCUUUUUUGAAAGACCUUUCCAGAUACAAACUCAGGAUAGACUUGCCAAGGAGAAAUCCCAAGUCAUGGCUCUCAUCUCUCGUAGUCUCAGUAUCACUGUUGGCCAACUGUCCGAGUUCUUAUUUUCAAAUAACAGAAAGCACCUCUGACUGGGGAGGAUAUCGGAUAAGUCACAUGAUCACCAGGCUUGGCAGCUCACCCGCCAGGGACAAGGCCCCACGUCACUCUCAUGGGCUCAACACCCUGGGGCUGGCACCACCGAUGCCCCCACCGCCAGCCACUAAGACCAUCGCCUCUGCUCUUUUGGAAACGAAAUAUAGAGGCUGCCACCUGUCACAGAGCGGGUCUCAUGCGGCCACUAGCUGUGCAUUCCGUCUCGGGCAGGUGCGUUGCGUGGGCUGGGGCGGUUGUUGGUUGUGAGGGCAGCUGGAAGAGCCGCUGUCUGAGCGUUCCUCCUUCUAAAGUGGAGGUGGCGUUGGCUUCCUAACGUGGGCGAUCCCCAGACCUGGGGAGGGGGUUCAGAUGCUGAGUAGCCAAAACUAAGUGUCCACUGUAGCUAGGACUCUCGGCUUUUAUUCUUUUGUCCGGAAAAGAAGGACCUGUCUCCCACCCCCACCCCGCGCUGAGAGCUGACCUGAGAGGCGGGGUCGCCCUCUGGGGAGGGUUGUACAACAGAGUGAAGAGGAGCAUGCGAGUCACCUCCCUGCCCCUCUGGGCUCCAGCUGGGAUAAUACAGCUUCUCUCUUCAGGUCAAAAUGUUACUAAGUCAUAGUGGCUGGACAGCUGCUGCUGCCCGGGCCGCCAAGCAGACCGCAUCCCGCCGCCCAGCUUCCAAGGAGCUGUCACGAAACCUCGCAGCGGAGCCCUGCACGAAUUGCCAACGUGCCUCGCAUCUUUUCGUGACCACUAGCCCAGCCCAGCCCCAUUAGCCUUUUUCUGGACCCUGAGUGACAGCCCGUCUGGGACAAGACGCAAGUGAUAGUCACAUCUUUCCUUCUAAGUCUUUAGCCAGCUGGGGGAUUUAAAAAUAAAGAACGGAACUGAUCCGAA